AAAUAUCCAGGGUUUGAUAAAACAAUUCAUCUUGUACUUCCUAUAUCAUUAGACCGUGGCAAGUUCAUCUUUUCGUUCUCUUGUCUUCCUUCAACAUCACAUUUCUUCCACUUUUACGAUGAGCGCAUACACCUUUCCAACGUUUCCGGAUCUCAAGGACAAAAUUGUUCUUGUAAUGGGCAUAGGCCAAACCCGGGUAGAAGGAUCUUCCAUCUGGGGCAACGGAGCCGCAACCGCACGCGCCUUCUGUUCUAACGGAUGCAAAGUCUUUGGCUGUGACAUCAAUCUCACCGCUGCCGAGUUCACCGCAACUAGGUUACGCGAUGAGGGUGGGAUAUGCGAUGUCAUGGCUGCGGAUGUCACAUCGUCCUCUGACGUGAAAAAGGUGGUCGACGCGGUGAUGGAAAAGUAUGGCCGGAUAGACGUCCUGGUGAACAACGUUGGCAUGACCAGACCAGGCACCCCAGGGAGUAUUUCGGAAGAGGUGUGGGACCAACAGAUGGAUUUGAACCUCAAGAGCGUAUACCUGAGCUGCCACCACGUGCUCCCUAUCAUGGAGAAACAGAACCAAGGAGCUGUCGUCAACAACGCGUCCAUCGCUGGUGUGUCCUACAUUGGAAAAGCGCAAGUCGCAUACUCCACUGCGAAGGCCGCUAUAAUACACUUUACACGGGUAUCAGCGGUAAUGUACGCGCCAAAAGGCGUGCGAUUGAAUUGCGUGGUCCCUGGUUUCAUCUUGGUCCCAUUGGUAGAGAAUCUGGGGAAAAGUGAUAAAGAAGAAGAUAGAGAAGUGUAUAGGAAGAUUACGCAGCACAAUGUGCCGAUGGGAAGAAUGGGUGAGCCGGAAGAUGUCGCAAACGCAGCGCUGUGGCUGGCCAGUGCAGCGAGCAAGUAUGUUACGGGGCAACCUCUAGUCGUCGACGGCGGGUUGACAAGCCAGACGGGGACUGGGCAGUAGGAGAUUCUGAAGAUAUAGUGCUGUUUGGUAGAGAACUAGUUC